AUGAAAGCACUGGUCUAUGGAAAGGCAGUCAACAUAAGUGAAGUGAUUGUUUUCGGAGUUCCCAGUUAUGACGAGAAUAUUCUCAUUGAAUUUAUUUGCCUCAAAAUGCCUCAAUUGACUAAACUUUUGUAUGCAUUUGAUUCUCCAGUGCCACACAUUCAGCCAAUUGAGUAUUUGACAGAAUUGCAACAUUUGGGACUUCUUUCUAAUGAUGAAUAUGGUAUUGACUUAUCAUCGCUGAUCACAAAAACUAUGCCAAAUGUCAAAUGUCUUCAACUAAACCUACACUUUGAUCCCUAUAUGUUA